UUUAUGUUUCUGUGUGGUUCUUGAGCGACAAUGAACAAUUUCCACGACAUUGUUCAGCCCCAACUGAAAGUCUCAUGAUGGGGUGACUACAAACCACAUCACUGUUUUCCAGUUUCAGUGAAUGUUUGUUGAGAUGUUAAACACAAGAAUGAUAAGAGAAGGCCAACAAAGCUUUCAACUGCACAAGGUUUAAUGGAUUAUAAUUUAUAUUUCCUGGUAUCAUUUAAGAUCAACAUUUUAAAAGCUGUUUAAAUUCCUGAUCAUUAACAGAAGACUGGCCUUCAUAUUAUCGAAACCUUUUCAACAAUAUGGUCUCAGCGCACUUUAUAAAAGGUUGAAAAUAUAAUAAUAUAAAACUGUUUUCUGUUUCCCGUCAGAACCUGGAGUUUCAUGGCGUGAUGCGUUUCUACUUUGAAGAUCACGUUGGAGACAAUGUCGCCACAAAGUGUCUGCGUGUUUGCAGCAGCUCUUCCACUCGCGAGGUUAUUGAAACUCUUUCAGAGAAAUUCAGGCCUGAUUUGAAAAUGCUGUCAACUUGUUACUGUCUGUAUGAGAUCCACACCAGUAAGGAACGUAAAUUGGAUCUGGAUGAGAGACCUUUGGUUGUACAAUUAAACUGGAACUCCGACAACAGAGAAGGACGUUUUGUACUCAAGAAGGACAAGGAGAGUUUGGAGGAAAACUGCCACGAGAAGGAAAAGGGAGGCGUGAUUCAAAACUUCAAGAGGACACUGUCAAGAAAAGAAAAGAAGAAAGAGAAGAAUACAAUUAAAGCUACUGACGAGGCUACAGGAGACGAGAACGGGUCAACUGAAAAGCCACUGAACAACACCAACAUUUGUGUGUCUAACCCUGAGACAAAAAAGUGGAGCACAGAAUACAAAAAGCAACAACAGAGUCAGGCUGACCCUGGAGUAAAACACACAGGAAGUCUUCAUCCUGACUUUUUAGAUCAGCCUGGAUUACCACUUGGAAUUAAAUUCUGUGAUAACUGUGAGUAUGAAAUUAAAUACUUUGUCAGUUGUGAGCUCAGUGACCUUCCUUCUCAUAACGUCCUCCUGCCCCCUGCUGGUGUCUUCUACAUUUCAGCGGAGGAAGCCUUCCUGUCUGCAGUCAUAAAUUACACCAACAGCUCCACAGUUCAUUUCAAGCUGUCACCUGCGUACAUCCUCUAUGCCGUGGGGCGCUUCGCUCUGCAACGGUGGGGCUCCCCACCGUCAGGAAAGACACACAGCGUAACCUCGAUCGCUAACAAAAUGGUGGCCAUGACAGGGAAGGUCAUCCAGAGGCAGCAGGCCAUCGCCGGCGCUCUUGCCUUCUGGAUGGCCAACUCCUCCGAGCUGCUGAACUUCCUCAAGCACGACAAGGACCUCGGCCCGCUCACCCAGCAAAGUCAGCUGGACCUGUCCCACCUGGUGCACAAAGCUUACAGUUGCCUGAUACAGUGUCUACAGAAUGAGUUGAGAAAGCAUUUGCCAACUUUUUUGAUUGAUCCAGAGCAACAUGGCCCACUGCCGGCGGGUAUAGAGCUGGUGCUGAACACCUUGAUGAACACCAUGUCUCUGUUACGCCGCUGUCGGGUCAACCCCGCCCUCACCAUCCAGCUCUUCUCCCAGCUCUUCCAUUUCAUCAGCGCCUGGCUCUUCAACCAGCUCAUGAGCCCAGAGGCCGACACUCCGGGCCUGCGCUCCCACUACUGGGGAGCAGCUCUCCGCCAGAGGCUGACCGCCAUCGAAGCCUGGGCGGAGAGGCAGGGCCUGGAGCUGGCUGCCGACUGCCACCUGGGACACAUCAUCCAGGCAACCAUGCUCCUGACCAUGAAAAAGUACUCAAUGCAAGAUGCGAAGGACAUCCAGAAUACCUGUUUCAAGUUGAAUUCACUGCAGCUGCAGACGUUGCUAGCCGGCUACCUCUAUGCAACCAAUGAGCCUCACAUCCCCCCUGAUUUAAUCAAUGCCGUAGUGACGGCCGCAGAGGCCUCUGCAGAUAACCUGAUUCGGAGCGAAGGACGGGACAUCCAGCUGCAGGAGAGCCUCGACCUCCACCUGCCCUUCCUGCUGCCGGAGGGAGGAUACUCCUGUGACACUGUGAGAGGGAUCCCCCCAGGGUUUAGGGAAUUUUUGGAGCCAAUUUACCGGAAAGGUCUCUGCUCUUUAACUUCCCAACCGAACUCCAAAGGCGACUGGACUGUUUACUUUAGUGAGUCGACUUCCUCUGCAGGAACUACAUACAUGGCAGUACAGAGAGAGCCAGAGAUUGUGACUAUCACACUGAAGAAACCUCUCAACAGUGGGAUGGGGGUCAGCAUUGUGGCUGCCAAGGGAGCAGGGCAAGAUAAUCUCGGGAUUUAUAUCAAAUCUAUUGUCAGGGGAGGACCAGCUGAAAUGAAUGGCAAGUUAACAGCUGGGGAUCAGCUGCUGAGUGUGGACGGUCGAAGCCUGGUCGGCCUCAGCCAAGAAAGGGCAGCAGCUAUCAUGGUGCAAACCGGCCCCGUUGUGACCUUACAGGUUGCAAAGUUUGGAGCGAGCUAUCACGGCCUCGGGGCUCUGCUGAACGAACCAACUCCUGAAAGGACUGCAGGUGAUAAAAGCCAUGCUAAGCCAAACAGUAAUGCACUCAUGCUGCACAGCGUUCUGGAUCCUGGUCAUUCAGAGCAGCUGGAGAGUCUGCAUGGAAGCAGCAGAAGAAAGAAAGACCAGAUAAUGCAGCGGAACAGAGAGCUUUAUCGGUCCAACCCCAACAUGACCACACACUUUGCCCUCGAGGAUGAAGCUGAACCUGUUGACCCAGUUGUGAGAGGGAACAACAUUGCUGCUGUUUCCACUAUCAACCUUUGCACUGAUACAUUUCACAGGGAAUACUUGACUCUUCCGAAUCCAAAAUCCCAGGAUAAGAACAUAUCUGCAUCCAGUCGACCACAGCAAAUGUUUAAAGUGUCUUUAAGGCCUUUAGAUGGACAGAACUCCAGUGAUAAGAGGACCUUUAUGCGUCAGGCUCUCUCACAGGAGAACUUGUGUGUGGACAACGGAGGCCCCCUGCUGGACAAAAGGCAGAAUAUGUGGCAGGACCAGAGUGCAAAGCAAACCAUGAGCCACUAUUCGUCCUUCCCAAUGCGCCCGAGCUACUCCUCUCAUGACAUACUUUCUGAUAACAGCUCUCCCACAAAACGACAGCAGGAAACUCGCACAAGUGGCGCCGGAGUCUGGAGAACUCCCUUUUCACAACAUCCAACACCUACACCUUCGAUCCAACCUUCAAUACGCAUAGACAUCCCUGUGACCAGAGCGGCGAGCGCGCAGUCAAAUCCUCCUCUCACCACCUUCCAGCAGAGUUCCUCUUUGCUGGCGGUGAAGAAGAGUCAAACGCUUAAAGUACAUGGACAAACAAGUCAGGCGGGGCAAAAACAGAGUCCUCAAACCCAAGCGUAUGAGAUUUAUGCAUGUCCCAUUUCUGCAACUAAGAAGCUACCUCAGCCCUCACUUCUAACACAGCAGCAACGACCCGGCACACACGGGGGUCAAGCAGCAAAACCACAAGUGAGCAUCACUCCGACAAAACACGUCUCCUUCCAAGAACCUCCUACUCAACAGAAGCAGGGAACAGGUCCCAUGAGGCAAAAGGACCUCCAGGAGCUGUCUGAUCCAUGGAGGAGGGAGGCCCAGGAGAAACUGGAGAAGCAGCAGAGGCUUCAGGUGGUGGAGCUCCUGGAGCAGGAAGUGCAAGAGCUUCAGGCUAAAGAGAAGCGCACGGCAGAGGAGAACGACCGACUCCGCAAGCUCAGCCUGGAGUGGCAGUUUCAGAAGAGGCUGCAGGAAGUUCAGCAGAGAGGAGAGGAUGAGGAGGAAGACGAGGAUUUGGACAUGAUGAUGAUGAUACAGCAGCUGGAGAAAAGAGUACAGAACAAGAGAAGUUCUGAAGGAAAAGUGAGCAGCGAAUUGAAAGAGCAGACAGGAAGUCUUCUCUCCCAAAAGGAAGAAAAGGCAAAAACAGGUAAUUACUGGUUGAUGCAUUAAAGACAGUGA